UUGAUGUCUACCACCACCAAGAAAGCCUGAGCCAACCGAGUUACCUGUUGCCAUUUUCAUUGCUUAUUUUCCAUCUUUGCUAGUUUCCUGAUUCUUCAUCCUGUACCUCCAUUGUGUUUUGUCAACAGAAUCAAGUGAUUGUAAGAAGCAGAGUAGCCUAUCGAUCAGCCAAUCGAUACGAUCGAAUGCCCGAGAUCAGGUAAACAAUGGAGCGACCUGCGUGCGGCUGCACUCAGGUGAAGAGCUCCAGCCUGUCAUCGCACUGAAAAUGGCCAGAAGGGAGGGAGGAGUUUAAACAAAGGCCCUCUCCAUAAAAAAAAAAAAUCAGGCUUGUUCAGAGUAGCCACGGCUGGUGCUUUGCUUCAACCUCUACGUGAUCCUAUUUCUUCCUGCAGAGGCAAAAGAAAAGGCAACUUCUACUACGACCUGCUGUUGGAAACAGCUCACUUGUGGUUUCGCUGCCCCUGCCUGCUCUGAACAAAGAUAAUUACUCAGGAAACAUUUCGACCAAUCACAUGCUGCGUAUCUUCUUGCCUGCGCGGAGAGCAACCAGUCAGGAUCGGGCUAACAACACUGGGGCCUGAUCGCCUUGCUUGAAGAGCGGAGCCUUCCCCGGCUGAGGGCUGAGAGUGUCCUCCAUGUUUUUUAAGUGUUGACAUAACAGUGUGUCAGGCAGCCAUGCAUCCACAGAGUCUGGCUGAGGAAGAGCUAAAGACAGAGCCGGAUGUGGUAGAAGGGAUGGAGGCAACGGCACGGUCUAAAGCCCCUGAUCCCCCAGGGUCAGCAGAACGCUCCCUGGUACCACAAAAGAGGAAGAUCUCCAGUCCCACCCACUCGUCCAAUGGCCACUCUCCAACUGACACCUCCUCCAGUCCACUCAAGAAAAAAAAGAAACCUGGAGCUAUGAACUCUAGCAAAGACCAGUCAGAGCUAAGACAUGGUCCCUUUUACUAUAUGAAGCAGCCAUCACUCACCACAGACCCUGUUGAUGUUGUACCGCAGGACGGCAGGAAUGACUUCUACUGCUGGCUGUGCCACCGCGAGGGCCAGGUGCUCUGCUGUGAGCUCUGCCCCAGGGUGUACCACGCCAAGUGCCUCAAACUACCAGCUGAGCCUGAGGGCGACUGGUUCUGUCCUGAGUGUGAGAGAAUAACAGUUGCCGAAUGCAUUGAAACACAGAGCAAAGCCAUGACCAUGUUGAAUAUAGACCAGCUCUCUUACUUACUCAAAUUUGCACUCCAAAAGAUUAAGCAGCCUGGGACGGAGCCCUUUCAGAAACCUGUGUCCUUGGAACAGCAUCCUGACUAUGCUGAGUACAUUUUUCACCCCAUGGACUUGUCGACUUUAGAGAAGAAUAUCAAGAAGAAAAUGUAUGGCUGCACUGAAGCCUUUCUUGCUGAUAUGAAGUGGAUCUUACAUAACUGCAUCAUUUAUAACGGAGGCAAUCAUAAAUUAACAGCAACAGCAAAAGUCAUUGUCAAGAUAUGUGAGCACGAGAUGAAUGAGAUUGAAGUAUGCCCUGAGUGCUACCUGUCUUCCUGUCAAAAAAGGGACAACUGGUUCUGUGAGCCAUGUAGUCAGCCGCAUACAUUGGUCUGGGCUAAACUCAAAGGCUUUCCCUUCUGGCCAGCAAAAGCUCUUCGGGAAAAGGAUGGGCAGGUUGAUGCACGUUUUUUUGGACAACAUGACAGAGCUUGGGUGCCCAUCAACAACUGCUACCUAAUGUCCAAAGAGAUCCCUUUCUCCGUAAAGAAGACAAAGAGCAUUUUCAACAGUGCCAUGCAAGAAAUGGAAGUUUAUGUAGAAAACAUUCGUAAGAAAUUUGGAGUUUUUAACUACGCGCCAUUUCGAACUCCUUACACGCCCAACAACCAGCUCCAAAUGUUGCUGGAUCCUUCGAACCCCAGCGCCGGUACAGUCAAAACCGAGAAACCCGAUAAACUGCGCUUUAACUUUGAUUUAACCGCAUCUCCGAAGAUGGUUCUUAGUAAGAGUUCCACAACCGGUGGGAUGAAUCGGAGGGUCUCCAUGACGGAUAUGCCUCGGUCCCCGAUGAGUACAAACUCUUCGGUUCACACGGGGUCCGACGGAGAGCAAGAUACAGAAAAGCCCAGUAGAAAUUCUGCUUUACACUACAGUACCGGAGAGGAAUCCAUGGACUGUACCGGUAAUUCCUCCUCUCGCUUUACACUCACUCACUUUACACGGAAAGGUAAAAUUGAUAAGAUACGUUUUGUCGUGAAUGCAGCAUCGCCUGUCUCGGGAAAGGUUGGUCCAGCAGGCAGCUUGACGGGCAGCCCAAAGCCACUCAAUCCGAGCUUGGUGCCCAAGCAGGAGAGGCCGGCAUCCACGGGUGGGAUCCUCAAUCUCAACUUGGAUCGAGUGAAAGCCGAGAUGGAUCUGAGAGAGUUGAGUGAGAGUGUGCAGCAGCAACAGCAACAGCUGCAGCAAUUGGGGCCAGCCGCCCUCCCCACGCCAAAGAGACCCAUCAGGAGUCUCGACAAGACUAUUGAAAGCUGCAAGGCCCAACUUGGGAUAGAUGAGAUUUCUGAAGACGUAUAUAAAGGUGUGGAUCAUAGUGACACUGACGAGUCUGAGAAAUCGGACUCCAGCGAUAGCGAGUAUGCCAGCGACGAGGAGCACAAGCCAAAAAGCUCUGUACAGGAUGAAAAGGGCAAAGCGGAUCGAAAGCGGCCCCGAGCAAAUGCAGAAGCAGAGAAUAAGGACUCAGUUGGAGGGAUGGUGGAAAAAUCCACCUCUGCAACCCAGCUCAAAGAGAAACAGGGCAGCAACGGACAAGAAGAGGCCCUUCAAGAAAAGCCCCGAAUGACCCAGUCUCAGCCCCUCCCUGACAAGCCAAAGGCCCCGGAAGAGAGCAGAACACCGAAUGCAACAACAUCAGCAGCAGAGCAAGACUCUGAUUCCGAAAGAGAGCUGGUGAUUGACCUCGGAGAUGAACACGGAGGCCGUGACUCGAAGAAGUCAAGAAAAGACACGGGUAGCUCUUCUACCAAAACCUCUAAAGAGGCCAAUACUGUCAAAUCGGAGGGAAAAGUAACCAAUUCCACUACGGCAACUGCACCAGCUGCUUCCACCCCGAAAGAUGGCUUGCAGUCUUCCUCGGGUGCUCUCAACGCCAUUCCCACUUCCGCAUCUGGUCCGCCCAGUGCUGCCUCAACCACCAGCGGCACUUCCAGCACUCCCUCUGCCUCUGUUGCGUCAACCUCGCCAGCAGUGAAGAAACAGCGCCCCCUGUUGCCCAAAGACACGUUUUUGCAGCGAGCGGUGGUUUGGAAUCCUACCAAAGUGCAGACUUCCUCUCAGAAAAGUCACGUCCAGAAGCAGCAACAGGCAGAGCAGUCGACUGCACAGUCGCAAGGGCAGGUGCAGACCCAAAGUCAGUCUCAGCAGAAUUCUUCGAGUACACGCUACCAGACCAGACAAGCAGCCAAAGUUCAAUCGAAAGAUUCUCCUCAGAGUGCUGGCUCAUCUUCUUACUUGUCGGGAGACUUGCCAAUCCCGACUGCUUCUGCAGAUGUAGCUGCGGACAUAGCCAGAUACACAAACAAAAUUAUGGACUCAAUAAAAGGAACGAUGACUGAAAUCUACAACGACCUUUCGAAAAGCACUACAGGAAAUACAAUCGCAGAGAUUCGACGGCUGAGGAUAGAGAUUGAGAAACUUCAGUGGUUGCAUCAACAAGAGCUGUCUGAGAUGAAGCACAAUCUUGAACUAACAAUGGCGGAGAUGAGGCAAAGUCUGGAGCAGGAGAGAGAAAGGCUGAUAGCGGAGGUGAAAAAGCAAAUGGAAUUAGAAAAGCAGCAAGCUGUGGAUGAGACGAAAAAAAAGCAGUGGUGCGCCAACUGCAGAAAGGAGGCCAUCUUCUAUUGUUGUUGGAACACCAGUUACUGCGAUUACCCUUGCCAGCAAGCCCACUGGCCGGAACACAUGAAAUCCUGCACGCAGUCAGCUUCAGCUUCACAACAAGAACCAGAAGUUGAGCCCAACCCAGACACUUUGGGCAAAUCCACAAGCAAUUCCCCGGCCACACAAACUCUGACUGCCCCAACAGGGACAGCCAUACCCGCCUCAUCAUCAUCAUCCAUAUCCGACAAAAGCAGCUCUCCCACAUAUAUUGAUAAGAACAAGGACAGUGCUGGUGUUACUGUGACAUAACUGUCACUCCACAUUGUGGCAUGUAUUUCAAGGCUGCUGCGGACCGUGCGAUGUAACACUUGGCGCUUCAAUGUCUGCUCCGUGAUACUUUUGGUUCCCAUCCUAAUUUCAAGGUCCUUGCUGAUUCGUCAUUGUUGUGACAUAAUUUGGUUCUAACAAAACAAAAAUGAUUAUCUAUGUUUCCAUACUGCAGUUUUGUUAUCAAAAUGUUACUACUUAAUUUCCUGUCCAAACAAGAUGGUAACUAACUGCAGUAUAUUUGUUACACUAAAAUGGUUCAUUGCUGCUCGGAAAUGCUUAAAGGCUGUAUUUUGUUUGUUUGUUUCGUUCAUCAUCACACCAUGUGAGAUGCCGAAACAGCCAUGAAUAGUUGAUUCUCAAUUACCAUGGUUGCAUCAGUUUUCUGGGGUUUGUAACUUUUUUUUUUUAAUCAUUUCCUUUUUAUGUCAGUGGUAUUUUUUUCAUUCCACAUUGUACAGGUCUAAAAAAAAACUGUGUGAUUUAUGAAAAAAAUCUAAAACAUUUAAAUGUAAAAAGUUUUUGUAAGAAGAUACACAAACAAUAUUUAUUAUGUUUUAUAGUAUGUUUUGAUGCAAUCACAUUUUUAUGUGUCGAACUUUUAUUUGACCUAAAAUAUUCAUGAAUGUCAGUACUGGGUGAAGUCUGUUAAACUGUAUUUCCAAAGUUAAAGUUAAUUCCGGUCAGACUGUUUGAAAUGUGUAUACUUGAAUAGAAAGUAUGUUUUGGCUGGUUAUGAUUACACGAGCAUGUCCAAUUUUUGUUUGUGUCGUUCUUGUUUACAUAUUGUAAAUACAGUAAAAUGACUCGUGAAGAAAAUAAACAUGUUCUCGAUA